UGCUCGAUUCUCACCAUGGCAUUGCUUAUUUCCCUUCUGGCAAUGCCAGCUAUACAAGGUGCCCCCCAAAGACCCGAAAGAGAUACCAAAAACUAUUUGGAUGAUUUCUACAUGAAUGGGCAGAUCCGAUGCCAGAGGUGCCCACCAGGCUUCCAUGUUGAUGAACAUUGCACCGCUCCUGAUACCAAAGGAACCUGUUUUCCUUGUGAGUUUGGCUCAACGUUCAGCGCGGGACCCACUGGCCUAGAUUACUGCCUCCCAUGCACCAUGUGCCGAAAAGACCAGGAAGAGGUGUCGCCGUGUACAUGGACAAAAGACCGAGUCUGCAGUUGUAAGAAUGGGAAAUACUGUCCUCCGGAUCUUCCGUGUGAGAUGUGCCGAACGUGUACUCCCAGUUGCCAGCCAGGGUUGGUCUUGAAGCAUCCGUGUAACGCAACAGCAGAUAUUCUAUGUGAACCUCCCUCAUCUAACAGCUUAUACAUUUAUGUCAUUGUUGGGGUGACAGUCGUCGUAGUCAUCCUCGUUCUGCUGGGGUUAAUGUAUUGGAAAAGAGAAGCUAUUUGCUCAUUUUUGAAGGAUAGAAAAGGCUGGUUCGCUGGCAGAACGUGUCCUGGUGAAGGCCCCGCAAAUCCCCUGCUGGCUCGACCAACAGAGCCACCUAUUAAGCUGCGGUUCAAAGACGGAACGAAAAGAGAAGAAGAAGAAAACCUCAUGGCAAAAGCGUUCUACAUCUUUGUCGAAUUUGUCGAUUUCGACUACUGGGACAAGUACAUGAGACAUCUGGGAUUAAAUGACAACCUGAUAAGAGAAGCAGAGUACAGGAACCCACAUAACAUCACAGAGCAACGCCACGCCAUGCUGUAUGACUGGUAUAGAAGCAAACAUUUUGAUAUAAAUGAGCUUCUUGACACACUGCGCUCGAUGAACCUGGAAAGAUCUGCAAACAUUAUCGCACAAAAACUUAUAGGAGAUGGACUGUUUGUGCAAACAUCAGAGUGCGUCGAAUUGUAAAUAUGUUCCGUUUGUAAACACUAUUUAUAAGUAUUUAUAAAAAAAAAAAAAAAACAUCCUAUAAAAAUAAUAAAACAUCAUCAAGACCCA